CUUCUUAGCCAAGAUUUCCUAAAUUUAAUGAUGUUGGAGUACAGCUGGUAUGGGCAGGUCCAGACACACCUAGAAAACUCAACAAAGUACCACAUCCACCAGGCUCAGAGGCAGCAGGUGAAGCAGUACCUGGCACUGGGCACCAAGUUUUCCAAUCAGAGCCUUUCCAUUUCUCACGCACACCUGGGAGAGUCUAUUGGAGCACCUCCUGUUAUGAGAAAUGGUCAUCUCCCCUCUGGCAAUGAAACUAAUAUGCCCGACAGUCCAAUCACACUGCUAUCUCUGGGAACCAACCAAGAAAAUGAGAUGGAUGAUGUUAUCGAUGAUAUAAUCAGUUUGGAAUCAAGUUGCUUUAAUGAAGAUUCCCCCAGCUGUAUGGAGCCGUCAUCUCUAAUGCACAACACAUUGCCGUUGUGUAGCAGUAUCUUGGAUGUCUAUGGUGGUGAUGAGGGUAUGAAUACAACUGAUAUUGGACUCACACACGGUUCCUGUUCUAUGAACCUUCCAUUAAAAAGGGAAAUCACAGUUACUCACUCUAGAAAUGCUGAAACACAUGCACUAGUUAAAGAAAGGCAAAAGAAAGAUAAUCACAACUUGAUUGAACGAAGACGAAGAUACAACAUCAAUUACCGAAUUAAAGAGCUUGGUACCUUAAUUCCAAAGUCAAAUGACCCACUUUUAUUUAAAGAUGACCUUUUACUCUGCAGUGAUGUGCGCUGGAACAAAGGUACAAUUUUGAAAGCAAGUGUGGAGUACAUCAAGUGGCUUCAGAAAGAGCAGCACCGUGUUCGAGAAUUAGAAAACAGGCAAAAGAAACUGGAGCAAGCUAACCGGAGACUGCUGCUGCGGAUUCAGGAGCUGGAAAUGCAGGCUAGAGCUCAUGGUCUGCCCACCAUGUCUUCAGGUCUUAGUCCUAUGGAGCUGGCUGCCCACCUCGUCAAGCAUGAAUCCCACCAAGGGGGAAAUGGUUCUGAUUAUCUGCAGCAAGCAACAUUGCCUCAGAUGUUGAGUGAACUCAAUGAAGGGUCCUAUAACUAUUUGGAUCCUUUAUCUCAUUUCACAGACUUGUCCUUCAGUGCAUCUUUAAAACAAGAGAAUCGGCUUGAUGAAACACUAAUGGACAACACCAUCUCCGUGGGCUCAAAUCAUAUGUCUGCGACAUCACCCAGUGCAUCUAAAGGUAGUAGUAGGAGAAGCAGCUUCAGCUCGGAUGAUGAUGAAUUAUGAUCGAUGCAGUGAUCCAAUAAAGGACUGAGAUUGUUCUAUUUCUCAAGAAAAAUGAUUAAAACACAGUCGAUUUGCUUAACUACUGAUUUCCUGCGAGCCAUUUGCACAUUGGUAUUCCAAAUCUUCACUGUAUAGGGUCAGAACUCCUUCCUCAUCCAUGUUCAUUUUACUCUGGUGCUGCUAAUCCUUCAUGAGAAAAGCUGGAGUUCACAAAUAGCCAAGUUAAAAUUGUGUAUUUUCAGAAGCGAUAUAACAUUUUGUAUGAAGAAUUAACAUGGAAUGUAAAUCUUCCAACUCUUCCUUAUUUUAUUCUCAAAGGGCCAAUUGAUUCAUUUACUGAGCACUAGGUGGGAGAAUUUUAUUUGCCUGUUAAUUUAAAAAUGUAAUUUUGUGGAAGGGUGAAGAUUACCGUGGCUGGAAAUAAUUGGAGGUAGCACCAAAAUCUGUCAAACUAAGUCUGACAAAUACACACAAAACUAGAUAUGUAGUUGGCCUGUCCCAAUGGAAUGAUUGCAGAUGCAACGUGGUUUAUUGAAGGAUCUGACAAAAAUGUAUUUCAGAAAAAAACUUUAUUGAAUGUGUCUGCUAAGAAUUUUAAGUCAGAAAUGUUUUUCUCCUUGGUCAAACUGUAAGCAUGUGCUUUGAGGAAUUUUUUUUUUAGGUUUGUCAAAUCUUGCUUAAUGGGAUGUGGAGCAGAACAGUGAACUGCUUCCCAUUUUUUUGUUAUUUAAAAACGGAAAUUGAGCAAAAGGGAGAUUUUUUUUAAAUUUGAGAAAUACCCAGUUGAGUCAAAAAUAACCACAUUCUUAUGGUAAUUAAUCCACAGCUAUGGUGAAUUAGUUGUAUUGUGCACACACAAACACCAAUGUUUAGAGUAUAAUUAGUAUGUACAUUAGUUUGUGAGAAUUGUAAUGCAUUAAGCUAAUGCAAAAAAUAGAAAUAUACGUCAGGUUUUUCUUAAGUUGGAUAGGAAGUGGGACAAAGAAAUAGUGGAACAAAUCAAUUGAAGAAAAAUACCUUUAAUUAUGUUUAUAUUAAGUAGAAGUGUAUCAGUGUGUUACUUCCCAUUUUUGUAUUAAAAAGGUAAAUAGGUUGUCAAAUUUAAUUUCUACAUAUUGGAGUUGACCAUUAUUUUUAUAUGCUAUUUCAACAUCUCAAUGCAAGGCAUUUUCUUCACACAAAUGUACAUUAAUCAGAUGAUAGAACUGUUCUCUCCAUAAUGGAUCCAUUUGUUAAUGGAAUACGAGUGUCAUAACAUUGUUGCAUUAAAAAUAUAGAGGUAAAACAGAAGCCCUUCAAACAUUUGCCUCCAUCUUUCUUUAUGAGCAAGGGAAUCCUAAAAAUAAGGCACUGUGCUACAAGAUAUUGAGAAUGAUGUGGUCAGAUGGAGAUGAGUUCUAAGAAGAGUUUUAAGAGGAAGCAAACAGAGAAACGAAGGAAAGGGGAUAUUUCAAAGCUGAAGUCCCUGCUGACAAUAUGUGUAAAAACAGAAGAAAGCCAGAUAUGGAGAAAUGUUAAACGUCAAAAUGUGUCUUGAGGCUGGAUGAAAUUAUAAACAUGGGGCGUAGUGAGAUUUUGAAGGGACUUAGACAGGAAAGGGGAUUUUAAAUGGACUGAUGACUUAGAACUACAUUUGGCUAGCAAAAAUGGAAGAGGCGGUGGUAAGCAGGACUUGAUGCAGAUUAGAAUGUGGUUAACUAAAUUUGAAUUAACUCUUAAUUGCUGCUGAUGGUCUUGUUCCCGCUGCUGAAUAAGGCUUUGGAUCUGCUGGAAUGCUAUAUUUUGUAGUCUGCAACUUGUCGCAAAUUAAUGGGAUAUAAUGGUGGGGUGAGGUGGGUGGGGGAACUUGUGUGACACCAUUUUUGAUCACUUGCAUUAUAGAUUAAAUCAUAACAUGGGAAUUGUAAGCAGCAGUAUGUCUUUUGGCUCUUUGCAUCUUAUCCCUUGAACCUUGCUCUUUGUUGUCUAUGACGGCUGAUUCCAUGUUCUUGUAUCAUUCCCCACCCCCUGAUAUUCGUUAAUUUUUCUUGGUGUAUAAUCCAUUAUUCUCAGUCUUGAAUAUACUCAACAUUCACAGUCUGUGGAAAAUUCCAACCAUUCAUAACAAUAUGAAUGAAAACAUUUCUACUUUUUAUUCUGGUCCAAAAUUGCUGAUAUCUUUUUCAGAGCCAAUGCUUUACAUCCCUUGUUUUGGAAGGACAUCCUUCAAAUAUCCAGACAUUUUUAAAAGUAAUGAGCAUUGAUUGUGUAUGAAUCAUUAACAUUUACAGUAAGGUUUGGAAAAAGUUGAUUUCAUGAUUCAUUUUGCUGUCAUUAACAAUGUUAUUUUACAUAUUUUUCCAAUUAAAUUUAAUUUUCAAUGGGAGAGAAUAUUUGUCAUCAUUCCUUUCUGUAUAAAUGGGGUUACAAUUGUUACAAUAUACAGAUCAGUUGACCAGUUUUGAAAAUGAAGGAAGAGAUGAAGAUUUUGACCGUUUUUUAAUGUGUAAGGCUGUGUAAUGUGUAAUGUUGUGGAAGGGUUUUGGGUCUUAAGCAUUGACAAUCAUGAAUAUUUUUGACUUGUAAGCCUAUAUCCAAGACUACAAACUAUUUUCAGAAAUGUACUGUUAUUGUAUUUCGAAUUUUGUAUGAAAUAACAUUUUGUAAGAUUUGUACAUAUUAAUCUUUUGUGAAGAGAUUUGUAACAGAAUUUUUGUGUGAAAAAUCAUGUACAGUUUGUUUAUAUGUGACCACUGUCUGAACUAUUCCUGAAGCUAGUAAAUUCCUCAAAAAUAGCAUCAAAC